CCUAGAUGUGUUGUGUUUUUACAUCUCCUAGAUGUGUUGUGUUUUACAUCUCCUAGAUGUGUGGUUCAGGACCAUCUCCAGUUAGAAUCCAUCAGCCUACGUCACCCUGUGCUGUAACCUGGGUGAUAUAGACCAUCCACACUUUCUCUCUCUCUCACACACACAGGCACGCUUGUACCAUCUCAGCUCACCUCUCUCUCUCACGCACACACCCCAGUCUCUGAGACCCGGGCAUCUCUCUCUGACCAUGGACGUGUCAGUGCUGGGCAGUGGGAGCAGCUGUUCAGAGGAUUGUGUGCUAGGGUCUGGCUGUCUGGAGGACUGUGGGAACCAGAGUGCCCAGACUGACUGGGAAUGGGAGGACUUCAGUGGGGCUGAGCUGGUGUGUGUGACAGCCGUGUGUGUGCUGCUGCUGGCCCUGGGCAUCGUAGGAAAUAUGUUAACCAUCCUGGUAGUUUGGCUCCGGCCACACCUGAGAAGCACCACCUACCUCUACCUGAGUAGUAUGGCCGUCUCCGACCUCCUCAUACUGCUUCUGAUGCCUUUAGAUCUGUACUACAAGCUGUGGAGGUUCCGGCCCUGGGAUCUGGGUGAUGCAGUGUGUAAGCUGAGUGUGUUCAUCAGUGAGAGUUGUACCUACUCCUCCAUCCUCCACAUCACUGCCCUUUCUCUGGAGCGCUACCUCGCUGUCUGUCGACCACUCACAGCCAAGACCCUGGUCACACGGACCCGCGUUCGUACUCUCAUUGGCUGCCUGUGGGUUGUGGCCGUGAUCAGCGCUGGGCCGGUGUUUGCUAUGGUAGGGGUAGAGGAGCUGGGGGGAGUUGAGGGGGAGAGCGAGUGUCGCUGUACGGAUUACGCCGUCUCCUCAGGCCUGCUGGGGGCCAUGAUGUGGCUCUCCAACCUCUACUUCCUGGUGCCGCUGGGCAUUCUGGGAGUUGUGUAUGGUCUGAUCGGCAGGAAGCUUUGGCUCCGCCCACAACGCAGCAGCCGAGACCGUGCCCAGCGACACACCAUCAAGAUGCUCGGGAUGAUCGUGCUGGCGUUUGUUCUGUGUUGGCUGCCGUUCCACGUUGGUCGGACGUUGUUCUCUGUGACUCUGGGCUCCAGCGCUGAUAUGUACUACAUCUCUCAGUACUUUAACCUGGUCUCCUUUGUGUUGUUCUACCUCAGUGCUGCUGUCAACCCUAUCCUCUACAACACCAUGUCAGCACGCUACCGCCACGCUGUCCGCAGCCUGCUGCGCUCACACACACCCCGCUCCCACCACCCCCCACCCACGCCACAACACUCUACCACCACCCUGUAACUCACACACACCCCACCCCCACCACCCCUCACUCACCCCACAACACUCUACUACCACCCUGUA